UGAUCAUCAACAAAACAUACGACAGAGGUCAAUUAAAGAACUUCACACCACUUCGUAACAAAGCAUUGACGGCACUUUCGAACGUCUUAUUUUUACAAACUAUCACACUUGACAUCUACGCGUUCUACGAUACAACAUAAGAAAGAUAUAAUGGCAUCGCGCAUCUUCACACCCGCGAGCAGAGUGCUUCGCGCCCCGGUAAUGGGAGGAGCUAGCAGAAACUUUUCGAUGAGUGUGAGGAGAGCGACUCCCGUUACUGAAAAUCCUUUACCGGUUAGGAAACCAGUUGGCGCUUUUAGAGGAGGGUAAGUCUUUUCUUGAUUUUUGGAGGGGAGACUUGAGUGGAAGAAAGCUUGGAGUUUGACGGCGGGGAUGGGAUAGGAGGGGGGUGGUUGCCAGUUGGGAAGCGGAGGGAAUGAGAUGAGGCAUCAGGGAGAAAGGAAGUGUAUAUAUAGAUUAUGGGCUAACAAUAGGUGUGAAAUUAGAUUGUUCGGCUUCUUACUUGGAUCUACGUUGGCUGGUGCAGGGGUCUACUAUUAUAUUCUGGAGGAAUAUAAGGUUAGUAAUGAGUUGUUGACGGAGGAUAUUUAUGUGAGUUUAAGUUUUUGUCUUUAUGAUUGCUCGUACUUGAGUGGGUGGAUGGGUUUAGAGUGAAGGAAGGGUAGCUUCGAGAGCAUGACUGUAGAGAUGGAGAGGUGUUCAAGGAUGAGAAUAUGGCUAAUCAUGUCUAUGACACAGAGUCUGCAAAACUCAGUACAGCGAGUUCAUACAUACGUUCAAUCGCUAGAGGAAAAGCUUGCGGAUUUGGAAAAGAAGAAGAAAUAAAUGGAGAGGGAGAAUAGGAAUGGAUGCGCUGCGAUGACGAUUGGGAAAUGGCCAUCAUUGUCCGGGUUGCUACGGCUGGGAAUGCAGCGAAAGGAGAUUGUGUAUAAUAUCUGAAAUUCGAUGAGCGAGAGAGUUGAGAUUAUGAAUAUCUUUGCGAGCUGCAAGUAUAAUGCUAGGUAUACAGGAAAUAAGUAACAUCUCCAAGUACCUAUUUUUGCGUGGUGGGGGUGCGCCAGCUUU